CGUUACUAAUAACCGAAAAACCAGCCAGGACUAUCACCGUUUAUACUAUACUGCAAUGCACCGACCGAAACAGAAACGACGAGACCACAACACAGACAAGCCGCAACGUCGACUCUGUUUCGGUCGCCACGUUGGAAUCAUACCUGCCAAAUUGUUAUAGUGGAAAGGAGCAUCAGUAUGACUCACUAUCUUCGGAAGUAACAACCGUCAUCCAUAUGAAGCAGCAAACCGUCGUCUAUCUUCUCGUUUUCUGCAUCAUCUGCGGGAAUAUCAUAGGCGCAUAUUCGUCCUGCCCGACGCAGAUGGACGCGUGGACGACAAUCAAGAGUGCCGGCUGGGGGAGAUAUUUCCUCGUCAAGUCUACGUCCCGUCAUGAAGCCCCGUGUACUUACAUGGGUUACCCGUCCAGGAUAAAGGAGGGUCUCAAGAAUGCCCGCAUUGUGUCUGGAGCGCUCGACAGGAACAAGCUGUUCGGUGUAGAAGACAAAGUUACAGCGAAAGGAGAUCGCUUUACCAUUGGCUACUUGUCAUCAAAAGUUCUCUUCGCUGACUACGGAAACUGUGCCGUGAUCUUUGGACCAACUCAAGCCUGUGAACUAUGGGUUCACGAAGCCAUCCUCACAUCGAGCUCAUACGGUUGCUGCGACACCAACUUCCAAGGGUGUGCCAAGAGAAGUCUAAUCCACCACCACUACCAACAGACUUGCCCUAAGUAAUAGGGAACCGCAAAGGAAGGCGCCCGCGAAACAAUAUGCCGACUAACGAGGCCAAAUAAAUAUUUUGACUUUGA